CGGAUACGAUGCCCCUGUGUUCGGAUAUCACAAUCAAUUAAUGCAAUGGAAGCCUACUUUCGCUCUGUCUGCGCCCUUGUGCUCACCCCGCAAAGCUCCAGUGACCCCCCUCAUGGCCUCUUAAAAAUUAACAAGAGGUGACAGAUCGGCGCUGUAGUUCUCCCUUUUUUACACAAUCUGAGCAGAUCGUAUGUAAUAUUGCAGACAGUGCACCGGUUACAGACUGCACACACAACCAUGAGCAAUGAACCCAGAAGACACAGAAGAGCAUACAGCGACGGAAACCGUCCUCGUUUUCAUCAUGUGCCACUCAAGGAAAUCCCUCGGAAACACCCAGAUGUUCAUAGCGAUGAGAACCUAGCGGUACACGAGAUUUCGCACAUGCGCAGAUCAAGCUCUAUUCAGUCCCUGAACUCGGAUUUCGUCGAUGCAGCUAGUGACGAUUCAUUUCAGAAAGAGGUAGCGGAGAAAACUCAAAUGUACUUCGUGGGAAAACAGGAAGCGGAAACGGAAGUAUUCUUAGACAGAAUCAUCAAUAAAGAAGGAAGUAAGGACCGUGCUCUUUUAUUCAUCGUUUCCGAAAUACCCAACGAAAACAAGGUACAAAUGUUGAUCAACUGUUUGCUUCAUCGAGGUGCAAACCCAUCCGCCAGUAACAAGGAUCUAUGGACUCCAUUACACUACGCCGUGAAGAAAAAUUAUAAAGGCGUUUGCUCAAAACUCUUGGAACACGAGGCAUGGCCUGACGCACGCGACAAAAAAGGAGUCAUGCCUUACACACUUGCGUAUGAGGCCGGAAAUGACGAUAUUGCUUCAAUGCUAAUUACAUGUAUGACGAACCAAUUCGUGCGCAGGAUAUAUAGCAGUGAUGGAAAUGCGCCUGCGGAAUUCAGCUUUCAUAAUUUGCUAGAGAAAAACAUGCCUAAAACGAUUAUAGCCGUGCUGGAUUGUAUGAUAGAUCCUGUGAGCCCCAGUGGAGACGUAUGCGUGUAUUACAACGUGUUAGACGCAGACGACAAUGGACGAGUCCCGACCGACUCCAUGUUUAAUUCUCGAUCCAAAUCUGGGCUUCAAAUUAUAGCAAAAAGUGGCAAUAAAACCGUAGUGUAUCAUGAUGUUGUGCGAUUACUUAUAAGAAGGAAAUGGAAAGAGUAUGCAAGAUUCAGAUUCCUACUCAACUCUUUGUUUUACAUGAUAACUCUCAUCACAUUGACCUUCUCCGCCAUUGUGGCAAGCACAGUCCCGGAUCCUACGGUGUAUGGUGUUUCUACUUUACAAAUUGCGCGCGCAGUUUGCGAGAUUUGGUCCCUUGGAAUGGCUGCCCUCACACUAGUCUCUGAAUUAAACCAACUACGUAAACAUCGAUUGGAGUACUGGCAGGAUGCCUUUAACUGGAUAGACCUGUCUUCUUCUAUCCUGAUACUUCUACUGCCGCCAUUACGGUUCACUCACAGGAAUGAGCAGUGGUUCGUGUUCUCAGCAGCAUUCUUAUUGUGGACGAUUCGGGUAUUCAAAUACGCUGCGGUGUUCAGACAAACAGGAGCGUAUGCCCAGAUUCUAUGGCGGAUCCUCAUACAUGACAUUGUACAGUUUACGACUUUCUUUGUGUUCAUUCUCCUGGCCUUCAGUGGUUGUCUUCUACUGUCUCUACGGGGAGAAGGAUCAUUAGAACAGUUCUCCGAAAGCAGUUCGUUUUGGUCCAUUCUUUUUGUUGGAGUGAGGAUUCUGAUAGAGGCAGAAAGAAUUAUAGAAUAUACUGAACUUCAAACGAUGAGUUUGAUUAUCAUGGUGGCCUUUCUGUUCACAAUAUGCGUUCUGUUAUUAAACAUAUUGAUUGCUCAACUCAGCGACACCUAUCAAAAUGUGCAGCAAGAUGCGCAACGAGGGUUAGAGGUUAACCGAGCUUGGAUAGUAUCCAGGGUGGAACUCAACAGUCUUUAUAUCGGAAAGGGACACAGAAUCACUCAUUACAAAGAAAGUGAAAAUAUAUAUGAUGUCAGGGACGUUCUAGAAAAAUGGGAAUGUCCGCCAUUAAACGAAAUGAACAAGUGUAUUCAAGAUAUAUGGGAGAGUCUUGAUUCUCAUAAGAUGAACUUGCUCACCGUCCGGAACAGACUGGCCCGUCAGGAGUCCACUUUAUCCAAAAUACAAGAAACAUUGGACAAGUUAGUGGAACUACAAGAGAAAAAGACAAAUGAUGCGAAAAGUGACUGAAAAUUUGAAAUUCUUUAAAAGCCGCUUUAAAUUUGAUAAUGAUGUUGAAUCAUCACAUUUAACUGAAACAUACAUGUAUAAACAUUUGUUCAUUUAAUAUUUAUAUUUUGAAUGAUAUCUAUAUGAAUUGUUGUUCACGCAUUUGUACAUGAUAAAUGUUUGCAAUUCAAAUUUCAAAGUGUAUUUAAUUUUAUAGUUUUAUUUAAAUUACAU